AUGCAUGACAAGGAGCUUCGUCGUGAAAAGCGCAAGAAAUGGUUGUUGUACAGUUUGGCCUUUAUCAUUUUUCAAUCCGCAAUCAUAGCCCUCUUCACCCUCACAGUAAUGAAGGUCCGGAGUCCCAAGUUCCUGGUCAGGUCCGCCACGUUUGACACCUUCGAUAUCCAAUCGACAACGAACCCUUUGUUCAGUUUGAGGACCAACAUUGUACUUGCUAUCAAGAACGCCAAUUUCGGACCCUACAAGUACGACAACAGCACCGUUUACUUCUACUACGGCAACACAGAGGUUGGAAGUGCUAUUAUCCCCAAAUCGAAAGCCCAAUUCCGCAGAACCAAGAAGUUUACUGUUGGACUGGACCUUGCUUCAACCAAUCUAGCCGGGAAUUCGCAAUUGGCGACUGAUAUAAGCUCUGGGAUCGUGCCUUUGAGCAGCCGAUCGACAUUGACCGGGAAGGUGGAAUUGAUGCUCAUUUUCAAAAAGAAGAAGUCCGUUAACAUGAAUUGCACUAUGGAAAUAAAUACAAACACACAAAUGCUCCAGAAUGUCGUGUGCAAGUGA